UAUAUUACGCGUACAGGUGUAAUACUGUUUUCUUCAUGCAGCCUUCAGCGAGAAGAACCCAACCGGCAUCUUGGUUGCUCGCAUGCCGACAUAGGGAUCCGCAGAUAACCAAUAACGUAUGGCGCUGCUGAAGCCCUCACUGCAGCCACACCUAGUGAGGUUUCAUACCGGCGUGGUGGAGAGAGGGGCGGAGAGACGCAGGGCUGAUAAGGGCAGAGCGAAGCCCUCGUAGAUACACGGUCGCAGUAUCGGCGGAGAGCUGCGGGAAGUGCGGCGGGCACCGUGAGCUGAAGGCAAGAUGAUGGAUGGCAGCUCAGGCCCUGCGGUGGUCACUGCACCCCCGACCUCUGUCCCCCACUUCGACCGCGUGGUGGGCAGUCCGGAGAGGAACCUGUUCCACAACCUCCGGCAGGACUUCAACAUGAUGGAGCAGAGAAAGAGGGUUUCCAUGAUCCUGCAGAGCCCGGCCUUCUGUGAAGAGCUGGAGUCACUGAUUCAGGAUCAGCUGAACAAGGGGAAGGAUGCCACCAACCUGCUGGCCUUGCAGCAAAUGGCAGAUUUCUUGACCACCAGCAUGCCACCUGUGUACCCUAUGAUCCCCCGGGGGGGCAUGGCCACAAUCAACAUGAGCCUGGGGAUGGUUAUUCCCGUGAACGACCUCCGUGGCUCUGCCUCUGUGGCCUAUGAGAAGGGUGAGAAGCUCAUGCGCUCCAAGCUGGCCGCCCUGUACCGACUGGCAGAUCUCUUCGGCUGGUCCCAGCUCAUCUAUAACCACCUGACUGUGCGGCUCAGUUCUGAGCAGGAUCAUUUCCUGGUUGCCCCUUUUGGACUCCUGUACAGUGAGGUCACAGCCUCCAGCCUGGUGAAAGUUGACAUGCAUGGUGAGAUUGUAGACAGAGGGAGUACCAACCUCGGCGUGAACCAAGCUGGAUUCGCCCUUCACUCGGCCAUCUAUGCAGCCCGGCCCGAUGUCAAGUGCAUUGUCCAUAUCCACACAGCAGCUGGCGCCGCGGUAUCGGCCAUGAAGUUUGGCCUACUCCCCAUCUCACCUGAGGCCCUCUCCCUGGGUGAGGUGGCUUAUCAUGACUAUCAUGGCAUCCUGGUGGACAAGGAGACGACCCUGGCUAUACAGAACAGCUUAGGCCCCAAGAAAAAAGUGCUCAUACUGCGGAAUCAUGGCCUGCUGUCGAUUGGGGAGACUGUGGAGGAAGCCUUUCACUACAUUCACAACCUCGCCACUGCUUGUGAGAUUCAGGUUCGUACCUUGACCGGUGCUGGGGGGCCGGAUAACCUGGUCACACUGGACCCAGAGAAGUACAAAGCCAAACGGCAGAGUUCAGAGUCUGGCGAUGAGGAAGCGGAGGCCGAGGGCGACGGGCCGCGCUGGCAGGUCGGGGAGCAGCAGUUUGAGGCUUUCAUGAGAAUGCUGGACAACUUGGGGUACAGAACAGGAUAUCCGUAUCGCUGUCCAGCCCUGUGCGCCAAGAGUAAGAAGAACAGCAGCGUCGACAUGCCCCUGGCCCUCACCGGUCGCUCCUACAGUGAGAUCAACGGCCCCGGUACCCGCUCCCUGCCCAGAAUCGGCGGGGCGUCGCGGCGGCUCAGCGCAGGCUCCUCUGAUGGUGGCCCCGGGUCCCGGAUGUGGAACAACGUCACACGCGGCCAUGUGAAGCCCUUGCUCAGGUCUCUCUCAUCUGGAGUCUGCGUGCCCAGCUGCAUGACCACCUGCCUGUGGUCAAAGGAGGAGGGUGCCCGGCCACCUGCUGUGUCCAAUCAGUUUGUCCCCCUGAAUACAGACCCGAAGGAGGUGCUGGAGAUGAGGAACAAGAUCCGUGAGCAAAACCUACAAGACAUCAAAACGGCUGGGCCCCAGUCCCAGGUCCUCUCUGGGCCCUUGAUGGACCACAGCUUUGGGCAGAGAGGUACCAUUUGGCAGGACGCCCCCCUGUCAGACUGUACGGACACGCUCGAUGGGCUCAAUCUGUCAGAGCACGUCCGCGUCCCCACUAGGGCUGAUAGAAAGGGGGAGCUAGUGACUGCCUCCAAAGCCAUCAUUGAGAAGGAGUACCAGCCAAGAGUCAUAAUCAACAAGACCGGACCGAAUCCCUUCAACAGACUGACAGACAAGGAGCUAGAGGAGUACUGUAAAGAAGUUCAGCGCAAGCAGAAAUGCCCGGAAGGCCAAUCGCAGGAGAUGGAGGAAGACUCAGAACGCAGGAGCCUGAGCUCUUCACCAAUCAGAGAAGACAAAGCGUCAGAGGAUGGGGAGGAAGUAAAGGAUUAGCUUGCCAUGAGGCACAGCAGAAGCCGGCCCAGGUGUGACCAUUUUGUGACGCCUCUUUCAAUCCAGUCCUGCUCAAUAGCCCAAUCAACCGCAGGUCCUGGAGGUUCUACUGGCUCGGGUUCAGGCCAAUACUCCUCGGGAGAACCGAGAAACUACAAUGCUGCAGAUCACUCACUGUCCUUGUAUUUAAUGGACACCAUCUUCCUUUCAUUUUAUAGCCUCUGAGUACCUACUCCACCUUCUGAUUGGCUGUCCUCAAGGCCUAACUUUGGGCUAGACACCACUCAUUACUGCAGGCCAAAGCAUAUGUAGGCUUUUUGCCAGACCAACUUUGAUAGCUAUGAAAUGGGCAGUUUCUCUACAGGAGUAAUUAAUUUAAAGCUAAUCAGCAUAAAUUCAUAUUCAAAUAACAGUAUCAGGCCCAAAAGCCUUCAUAUAGCACCACCUGCAGGAAAGAGUUGAGAAAGACUAGUGCAUUUUACCAGCAGGCAUCAGGAAAAGUAACUUUGUGAUUAAAAAGAAGGCACAUUGAUCAGUGGUGGUAUGUGGUUGUAGUUCCUCACUUUUACUGGUGCUGGAACAUGUUUAACCCUUUACCACCUGCGGAUGCCUGCUUCAAAUUCUUUCAUGUUCUGUAAUCAGUUUAGAAUGGCAGGUUGGGGCUGAACUGUAUUUAGACGUGUUACCUUUUUAAGUUUGGUUUUCAAAUACGUAUGAAUGGUUGUGAGGGUUAGUGUAAAAAGAAAAAUAAUAAACAAAAUAAAAUAACAAAAAAAGACAAAACUGGGGGGCUGGGAAAAUGCUGCAUGAGAGUGUAUAUUGCCUUACUGUUUGCUUAAGGAAUAUUACAAAUGCAAAGAUCCCUGUAAAUGACACACUGAAGCCGUUUGAGGUACAACUAGCAAGUGCUAAGACGGACCUGUUUUUUCUUCCAGAAGUGCUUCAAGGGAACACAAAAUGUACAGAGAAGCAAUCCUGAACAUUGUUUUUGUUUCCCAAGGCGUUAUAUUUGCUGUUAUAAUGCUCCUGUUAUUUUAACAAGUCUGCCUGUUCUAUGGAUUGUUUUUUCGUCCCUCACGUACUUCUUUGUAGAGUGGCAGGAGUUAAGUGUGGGGGGAAAUUCCAGGGUGGUGGCUCUGCCUGGGAUGCUGGACCCACCAUGUUCAAUAUCAUUUGCAUCAGCUGUCUUCCUCGAUCUAGUACCUUGUUAAACGGUAAUUGGACCCCUGGCUCCUGUCUGCAUCCUUUAUGUACUCGGUUGCAGCCCCUUGAUUCGCUCUUAGGAGUAAGCUGCUUGCAGAGGUACCUAAUAAACCAGCCGCUGAGUUUA